CACACACACACACACACACACACACACACACACACACACACACACACACACACCCUUUCUUUCUCCCACCUCCUUGUCUGUGUGACUGAGUCCCAGCCCCUGAAGGUGUCAUAACUGUGCUCUCUCUCCUGCUCUCACUCCCUCUCCAUCACARCCUCUUAGAUCUUUAAAAGCCGGGGCUUUGCCGUGUCUCCUUCAGUCUCCGCUCCUGUUCUCUGGCACUGCAGGGGGAGUCGGCCGGCAGAGCAUCACAGAAAAACCACGUUUUCAGGAGCCAGGARAGGACGAAGAGGGGACAGCUGCGGCCACAUUUAGAUUUAACUGACAGGGAGAAACCCUGACAAUGUCUCUGCUCUCUCACCUAAUGGCCRUUGUGCUCUUACUGAUCGGCCCCUGCGGACCGGGGGCUGGAGCCAACCGCUGGGGUCACCUCAAGGUCUGUGCCUCCUGCAAGGACCCUCUGGGGGCAGGUCGGCCCCCGAGGGACCACACCGUCGCCGGCAGCAUGGCAGUUCUGGCCCAAGGGGAGCCGUGCGGCGUGUACACCCUGAGUUGUGCCAAGGGGCUUCGCUGCGUCCCCCCACCUAGGGAGCACAGCCCCCUGCAGGCACUGUUGCAGGGAAGAGGCACUUGUGCCAAACACAGCAGRACGAGUCCCACCGAGAGGCCCCACCCUACAGGUCCACAUCCCACCCACUUCGGUGAAUCUGAAAAAGCUCCCUGCCGCAAGCUGCUCAACAGCGUCCUGAGGGGUCUGGAGCUGACCGUCUUUCAGUCAGACCGAGACAUCUACAUACCUAACUGUGACACGAGUGGCUUCUACAGGAAAAAACAGUGCCUCUCCUCUAAGGGCAUGCAGCGCGGCCACUGCUGGUGUGUGGAUGAGCUCGGCCUCCGCCUGCCCUCCCGUGCUAGAGAGGAUGGCUCUUUGCCAUGUGACAGGGAGUGAGGGACAGGUGCGUCCCACCGCUCUGAGCCUGGAGGGYGAGGAGAAGCUGGAGCGCAGGGAGAGGUGGGUGGUGUUAGCAUGUGAUAGGCACYGCCUGGACAGGAGGUAGCAGGGAUAAACCACUUUCUGUAAGGAAACACGCAUCAACAUCCUCUCUCCCUCUCAGCAAGACACACAUUCCUCUCAGUGGAGCGACAAUAAGACCUGCCUGAAUGUUGGACAGCAGCCGCAGCGGAGUCCUCUGCUCACCAACGCUCUACGAACUGCCUCAGCAAUCCAAGCAGUGUUUCUCUGGAUAAUCCCUGCCUCUUGUCCUUGCUUUCUGAYAGGUUUUAUGUUUUUAUUCCCUUCUUUGUUUUGGUCACUUUGUAGGCUAGCUGACACUGCCUGUGUUUGUUCUGAUCUCAGUGGGCUGAAAUACUGUUACACAGGUGACAGGACACAACAUGUGUCUGCCUCACCAUCCUCUCCCCCUUUUCCAAAGAUACACUGAUAUCUCUACUCACAAAAUACUGCUUUAUUAUUUAAAAAAA